CCGUUCUUCUAGUACGUGGAGAGGAUUUGCUCUGCCGACAACACUUUCCACCGCCUGGCUGUGUGUCUGUCUUGCCGUAGCACUCGAGUUUUCGUGCCACCAGGGACCGUGUUUUUUUUUGUGUGUACCGCAGGGUAAUCUGUUAGAAGACCGCUCAGGUUGCUUGCAUCCAGGCACUUACAAUCACGGUGGCAUUCGGUUGGAAGUGGUUUUGAUGGUUCCGAUGAGGUACAUGGUGGGACGGAGUGGAGUCUGAGUAUUUGCUGCGAAAAUUAUCGUUUGCCUCUCGUCCCGCGGGUAUUGUUUGAUUUUUAUUAUUGUACUACGGUGCUGUGAUUCGGUGAAGUUGAUUGCUUUAAGGACGACUUACGAGCUGCAUCUGGAUACGACGCCCGGUGGGAACCUUUAUUUUUGCAACGUACGAUUUGAUGGGGGUGAAGUUUACAUCACCCAUAUGCAGUGAUUACAUACCGAGUGGGUGGGGAAGUAGUGUGUACUUGGUUAGCGGUGAAUAGUGGCUCACUCGGUGCGCGCGAGAAGUGUAAUAGGAAAAGGCUUUGAUGUAACGGUGUUUGGUGGAAUAAAGUACCGCUCUCAGCAAUGCGGUUGGUGUGAGAAAGCAAAUUGAAAGAUCAUUGCUUCAUCGCGCAAGGGAAGUGUAUUUGUUCAAUCGAUUUUCCAUUCAUUUGUGACCCUCGACCUCGAACCAAUUCUUGGAAGAGCGAAUCCGGUGAUUUGUAAAUAGAACCAAAAGUGCGGGCGUGUAGCAGAUUUUGAGAACCAAACAAUAUAUAAAGUAAGCCAGAGGUGGAUUUCAAAUCUCCCGUUUGAGUAAACAAGUACCAGUGUAAACAGGCGAAGAACAUAUUGUCAAGUUAUCCGUGACUAAUUCUGAGGCUAAUGUGUAAUUAAAAUUAACGCUGGAUAUUCAACCUUCGCGUGCUUUCCCGGCAAACUGCCAAAUGUGCUAAUCCGGAAAACCCGUGCGGCACGCAAUUUUAAACCCAAAUAGUUCCCAAAAGAGAGGAUAGACGAAAAUGGUCCCCGCCUGCGGGCACCAGGAAGUUUAAAAAUUGCAGCAAACCCCGCCGGUGUCACGCGUUAAGUGGGAGGCGAUUUGCUGCGCCACAGCUGGCGAUAACCGCGAUAAUUGGAUAUUACAAACCCCGCAAUCAAAAUUACCAGUUAAAUAUCGGGAGUGCAGAGCUACUUUAGUGAAUGGCCAUUAUCUGUAAUCAUUAACUGUACCAGAAUAAAUUUGUCGCAGCUCAUUGCUUUCACGGUGAUAGUCCACAGAAAGUGGUACUCUAAAGAAAGCAAGAGAGUAGUAAAGUGUAAAAAUUGCCACAAAAAGUGAAGAGUACAAACAACAGACCAGUAUGCGCCUAAGAUUAGACGGGAAUAAAAACGGUAACAGUAAGCGAACUCGAGAAUAUUAAUUUAAUAACCUUCGGUAAUACUGUAGAAUACUCCACAGUGCAACGCGAUCCUCCUCCGAUGAGAAGAUAAUAAAAACUCAUAAAUCCGUACUAUCCUCGAGGAAGGACAGCGCUGAAAGUGGGUCCACGCUGGGGUAAGGAAUGAAAGUGCAUAAAUUUUCCGCCCACCAUCUCGGGAAGAAUGACGCGCGAAGCGGACGCGAGUGCCACUUCCAAUUUACCGUACCGCAGCACCGGGCCCAGAGCCCAGUGCUCGUUGCCGCGGCCGCUAGUUGUGCAAAAAUAAGCACCGAGAGAUAUCGUUGUUAGUGCAUGCCACAUGCCAUUCCCCCGGAAUAGUGAACUUGUUGUACAACGCUCGCUGCGGCAGUGAAGUUGUUGAUGCAUAGUGCUAUUUUUUUGCGAGGAACGAACGAAAUGCAGAGGAAAAGUUUUUAAUUAUGCAACGCUUGGGUGUCAUCGUUGUCGUCAUCGCGAAGGACACAGACACGCGAGCGGAUGUAUGUUCCUCUGUCUGUGAAGGAAAUGCUGGCGUACUGAUUCAAUAUCUGUAGUGUCUAGUGCACUAGUGCAAUUCUGAAGCAUUUGAAAGUAUAACUGAGAGAGCAUUACCUGAAGGCAAAAGGAUUUCGUUUCUUAAGUUUUCUUCCACAGCUUGCUAGGUCUCUGUGGAACGCUUUCUCGUAGGCUAAUAAAUAUUUGCGUUGACACAUCAUGUUGACGUUGGCUUGCAUAUUGAAUUUAAUGGAGUAAAAUUUUCUUCUCAAUAAAUGAUUGACAGUUCAUUAGCAACGAAAUUUAUCGCCUAGAGGAAAACAUUAUUAAACCGAGAACAGUCCGCUACAUCACCUGUGUUUGAUUUUCGCACGUAAGCCAAAAAGUCUCCGCAGCAGAUGUGAAUUGCCAGUGACAAAAUAAUUGAAAAUUUCUUUUCCACCGUCAAUCAGUCGUCAGAGUGCAGUAAGUCCUGCUCCGACAACGGAGCACAAACAGUGUUGGGGAUUUGUGAAGCCGUGGGCGGUGGCACCAGCAGUGGAGGCAUAUCAUCCUGCACCGUUUAGGACCCCGAGUGAUGUCUAGCUCUGUUCUGGGAUUAUUUCUUCUGUAGAUGCCAGCAAAGUAAACAGGCGGAAAGCAUUCGUCAAAGUGCGCGUGCUAGUGUGUUCCUGUACCAGAGAAGAGUGUUAUUUCGUUCAACGUUCGUGGGCGGUUGCACUUGUGUUGUGUUUCUACUACAUUCUACCGGGACAGAAAAAUGACAUCCGCUGUAGCACGAGAGACAAGCUGAGUGGGUAAUUAACGCGUCCCCUAGGAGAUUCCGUAUCCAUAGAUGAGCGAAGUAUAAUCACUCUCCAGUGAAAAUGUUGGAAAAACUGACGUUAUACGUUGGAAUAUAUCUGAUACUUUUGCACAGCAAAAUGAAAGUUUACUUAAGCCCGACGCUGACGGUGACCACGGAGGAGUCGGCCGCCCUGCAGCCCUACUUUGACUUUGAUGUACAGCGAAAUCUCACCGUGACCGUGGGCCAGACAGGCUUCCUCCACUGCCGGGUGGAACGGCUAGGCGACAAGGAUGUGGCGUGGAUCCGCAAGCGAGAUCUGCACAUCCUCACGACCGGUUCUUCAACCUACACAUCGGACCAGCGUUUUCAGGUGAUACGACCCGAGAACUCCAUCAACUGGACGCUGCAAAUCAAGUAUCCCCAGGUGCGGGAUUCCGGUGUGUACGAGUGCCAAAUCAACUCCGAACCGAAAAUGUCUCUGUCCUACGUGCUGAAUGUGAUCGAGCUGCGAGCGCGGAUACUGGGACCGUCGGACAUCUUUGUGAAAUCAGGCAGCGAAAUCAUCAUGACUUGCGUCAUUCAACAGGGACCACACGACCUGGGCACGGUAUUCUGGUACAAAGGCAACACGCUGAUAGAAUCCACCAUGCAGGAGAACAGCAUCCACCUUGGUGAGAACCAGAGAAUCACGGUGGAAACGGACUGGACGGAUGGACUGACGUCCAGACUAAAGAUAAAACGAGCGGUGCAAAGCGACACCGGUAACUACACGUGUGUGCCAACCAUGGCCAAAUCAUCCAGCGUGUAUGCACAUGUAAUUAGUGGUGAACAUCCGGCAGCAAUGCAGCACAACGGAGCGAUUAGACCGUUCGCUGUGUCGCUUAGCUCGAGCGCUCUCUUAUUUUACGUGGCACUUUUAGUGCAUAUAGCAUUGAGUAAGCAGUUUAGAAUAUGUCACAAUCGCGAUGGAAGAUGAAAUUGGCCCCGCGGCUCUGAGCUUCGUUCGGACCCAGAAGAGGACCAGCGAAACGAGCAGCGGCACCAAUCCAGCCGGAGCGAGCGAAGCUCUCAGCAGCAGCCGUGCUGGUAACGAACCAACGACGGAAAAACUCCACCGGAAGGUGAAUCACGUGAGUAACAGUGGGACGUGGUGCUCGAAAAUUUCACGCUUUCCGGAAGUUUUAUCCCCCUGUACAAAAGCAUUCAUAUGUGCGUGUGGGUGUGUCUGUGUAAUCAAACAGCGAGCAAGAUCGUUGCUUUAAAAUCCCUUCUGUAAAACACAAGUAGGAUUGUGAUAGUUAUCGAGGUAAACAAGUUGAAGAAUGAACGAAUGUUGUAGAUGUAAGAAACGAUCAGAACAAGAUCUAGAGGGUAAUAAAAACCAAAUAUAAUCAGCACACAGAAAAAAAACACAGAUUGUAGCGUUUAACCUAGGUGAAAAAUACCGACCAUGGUGCAGAAAGCAAGCAGGGUAUGUAGCGCGAGGUAACGGUCCAUUGAAGUUGGAAACCGAAGGUGUCGGAUUUAUGGUUGAAACGUGGCAGAGCAGAGCAUGGCAUAUAGCUAUAUGUUUACACACCAUCUACAACCCUUUGCGACGGGUCUAACACGGUUCCAAGAAGAAGGGUAAUCGAAUGAACCGAACGGAAGCACACAACUUGCAGACCCGGGUACGGUGUUUAAUUUGUGGUACUUAGUAUUACAGAAAACUUUGUUUCACUAGGAUCGAAAUACGCCCGGUAUGAAGUACAGGCAGGGAAAAUUGAACUUUUCAGCGUUCGCUUAAGACGGCAAACGGUGAGAGUUUACAUGGUGGAGUUUGUAUUUGCUUCGAAGUGGAAAAUCCGCGUGGUCCUGCUCGAGGAGUAACUGGUUUCGCGGUACUCGUGGGAUGUUUACACUAGCACCCGGUUGCAUUUCGUUUUGAAUCCAAUUUGGUAGUGCAGUUUGGUUGUUUUAUUUUGCCCGGAUGGAAUGCUGUUAUAAGGUUUCGAUAGCUUCAUAACCUCCAGCCAGAAUUUUUGAUAAAGUAGGUGAAAGUUCAAUCGAAUGCAAAGUACUCUUUUAAAUCGGUUAGCUCCUCUAAAUAAAAAAGGUCAAAUUAUUCAGAAAACUUUUCUGAACUCUCUCAGUGGGAUAUGAAGCAAGCAAAUCAGUUUCAAAAUUAGGAACCUACACUGAACAAUCGUUUGAAUCAAAUCUGGUCAUUUAACCUUUUUCGUACUAACAAAGUUGAAGUUGAACGCAGCGAAUACUUCCACACUAUCUUUUCACUUUGAUUCUAAAUUCACCAGCUUCUGCUAAGUGCAGUGGCAAUAGCUGCAAUUAAAAACUUCUAAGCCAGUAUGCUAGUGGUUCCUAGCAAGGAAAAAAAUAAACCAAAAAAUAUAUUAGAGCGAAAGAGGAGAGCGCAGAGCGCUGCCGUGAUUUGGAAAGCGGUUGCGAAACGAAUCCGGGAUAAGUCUCGCGCGGGGUUAAAUGAAUGGAAUUUCGUCCGUCGUGUUUCCCCCUCCCUAACCCUACCCUCUUUCUGGAAAAAAAAGCGUAGCCGCAUAAUUUUCCGUGCCACGCUCGCUCACCGGUUGAGUGAAACUGGCGCAUUGCUACGGUUUGAUGCAUUCAGGUUUCACCCGCCAGGAUACGGCCUGAAGAGAACGAAAAGUUUUCCCUUUAUAAGUAAUUAAUCAGCAGCGCGCUCGCAAAGGUGCAUAUUUAAUUUGGGUCGUGAAUGCAGAAUAACUAACCAAACAGCAGCAUCGCGUGGUGCGCUGUGCCUCUGGCAAACCGGUCGCAAAGCAUAGAAGCCUAGAGUACGAGUAGCCUUUCUGACCGGACUGUGUGGUGCGAUGGUUUCGGUCGAAAAGGCAGUGUUGCUCUUUGCUAAAUUUCGAAAAAGAAACUGGGCGUAUUUGAAGUUUUCGAGAGUAAUUUAUAUUAAUCGCACAGUGACUAAAAUGUGAUUUUUAAGCAACUUGGUGGUAUUACAAUCUACCAUAAAUAUUUUUUUGAACGUGAGUCGUUAUGCAAAAACUUUAUCUUGAAUCAUCAAAAGGUAAUAUAGUAUCGUCCCGUGUCAAAUAAACCUAACUUAAGUCUAAAUCGAGAGAUAAUAUUUCUUGAAAUUCUUCAAAAAUUGAAAUGAUUACCUAAAGGUCAUUUUUUUUGAUAUGCUGUCUUCAAAACCCUCAGGAAAUCUCUAUAGGUUUUUUUUGUAAAGUUUUGAUCUUUUGUGGUAAUCUCUAUAAGUUAAACCGAUAAAAAAUUUUACAUCGAAAAUGGUUUACUGGUCGCUUUUGGGAGUUCCUAGACACGAAAUUCAAUGUUCUCUGUGGUAACCAGGAACCAAUUUUAUUGCAGUUGUGAGCUAACUGUAAUGAUUCUGAAACAGGCACGCAUUUUAUGAAUCAAAGUUUUAAAUAGUUUUCGACAAGUGACGCAGCAAAAACUGAAAUCGGUUGUUCAAGACCAGCAACCAAAUCUACUACUUUGAUCAAAGUUUUACAGAAGGAAAUUGCAUCAUUUGAUCAUCACUGUUUGACGACUUGUAAUCGCUGAAACCUACCUCGACGGGCGCGUGUUCUCGUCUUCUGCAAAUAUUUGCAGUAACACCAAUUUCUGAUAUAAGCUUGAGUAUGCUAUGUUUUUGUUAUCGUAUUUCAAGCGAAUUGAUGACAACAUGUGAAUCAUCUAAUAUGUCAUAUCUCAGUAACCUGUCGUAGGGUAAAAUAGCCUAUUGUGGACCCCUUUCUUAUAGUGGACCACCCGCCCGAAUAACUCAAUUUGUGCAAAAAAUUCGAGAGAAUUUCAGAAAACUUUUAUCGCAAAACGUCUUUUCCAGCCAAUGUGCAUCAGAAGCAUUUAUAAAUUCUAAUUUAUGUUAAGGUUAAAUGCUGUUGAAACCAGCCACCACAUGGAAUUUUCAAAGGCACAAGACUCGGUAAUAGUUAAGGCGUCACCUGUGAAAACGCCAUUUUAUGUUUGCUAUUGUGAAGCAAACAUAAAAUAGCGUUUUCACAGGGACCGCAUUACCUAUUCUCGAGUCUUGUGCUAUCGAAAAUUCGAAGUGGGGGCUCAAAGGCAUUCUGGCUACAUGUCCAGCCCACUGAAGCCUGUCCCGCUGUAUUACCUUAGCUAUAUCAGCAUGUUUGUAUACCUGGUACUGUAGUAACUGGCUUUUGUAGCACUGAGGAUAAAAUUGAGUUCUACCACUAUCUGCAAUGUUUUGGCGAGUGUCAAAAAAAUUUUGCAUGCCGCACGCAUAAUUAAAUAAUUUUGAGGUACUAAGAAAGUAAUUUCUCUUCAUUUGAAAUUGCCAUUUGCAUGAUGUGUGGAAUGACUCUCAUUCUGUUGAUACCUCGGUAGCACUUUCUACCGUUUUAGCAAAUGAAUUGUACAUAAUAACUAUCUGAUAAACAACAAAAUAUACGUUCUGCGCAAGUGGCAGAAAAUGCUAACCAUUCCACAAUCGAGCGACUGCACAAUGUUUGUAUUCCUAAAUAUAUUGCAAGGAAUACAUUGACAUGAGACAGGCUGUCGUCAUUCUACGUUAACCUAGAGGACGUGUCUUAUAAACAACCUCUCCAACUACUUAUAUUGGUUUGCAUUUGGCCUUUGUGAUCAAUCAAUCGAAAACCCACCAGUCGCCAUCUUGGAUUUGAAACUGAGAGCUGGAAUUGGUUCCCGGCUUCUAAGCAUCAUCCUAGUUCUGUAAAUAUCCAUAUUGGUUGCUAUUUGACCAUUUCAGGAGUUCGACAUGAAGUCAGUGGUCGAUUCAGUUUCCUCACCACUUUAAUAUUAUUUGGUCUCAUUGUAAUAACAUAUUUGGCACAUAACCUACCACCUCAUGUAGAAUGGAAAUAUUGGCUUCGUUCAUGUCUCGUUAUGUCUCGUUAUCUAGAGCACUUUUCUUUAAGCUUGAGAGCAUUUCUGCAUUUUGGCUAAAACGGCAAAUAUUAUAGAAAAGAUAAAAUCGACUCUUCAACGACGACGUCCGGUAGAGGAGAGUGUGCCAGUGCUCAAGCUAUUAACACCACAAAAAGAGAAUAUUUCUUAAGCUGUUGUCGAUUUGGUCUAUUUUUACCACUAUUAACUUUUCAAUUGUAGAUUCGUUUGCCAUGAGAAGGACAAUGUUUGUAUUGGAACAAUUGCCACCAAUCAUUAAACAACAACCGAAUUUCGUUUCGAUUAGUAAAUAAUGAGGCCUUUUUUCUACUGCUUUCACAGCAGCCACAUUCGGAAACUGUCUUCUGCCGUGUCGCGACCGACAGCAGAAGAUGGUUGCUCAAUCUGGAAUUGAUGUGCGUUGAAGACAAAAAUACACUUGAAGGAGGGCUGAUGUAGCCAAACCGAACGAUUCUGUCCGAUACCUACCGAAUUUAAGAGCCGCUGCUGGAUGAUAUUACUUCUUUCGUAUCCGAUUGAUGAAUGAGGAGAAUGCAGUUGGCAGAAUUCAGCGGAGUUUGUCGUUUUGAUUGCCUUAGAGAAAAAACGACUAGCUUCGUAAACGCAGAAGCGAGAAUGACGGAGCUUGAAAAAGUUGUAUAGCUGAAUGUGCUUCAUAUGCAUUAUCUCUCGGCUUGUACAUAAGAGCUGCUGCUGAUGCUUUUGUUUCAGAUUCCAGAUUGGAAAUAGCAUUGGCCGAUACCGUAUCGAUACCAAAGGUACCGAUACCGCGGGGCCUGAAUAUCGGUAUUUUUUAUCGAUGCAACUGACGUUGAUAUCAAGGUGGAUCGAUACAUUCACCCCGAUAUUUUUUCGAUACUGAAGGGAAACUAUUAAAUCGGAGAAUUUACGGAUACGACCGAUUGCCCGCAAAUUUGACUCUUUUGGUAAAAGACACCAACAGAUUGCAUAUACCCGCGCUAUUCUAAGAUAGUUUUCCUGCCUCUUGCGAGAAAAAUUGUUUCGCAAUUGACAAUACUGUUUAUGCAGAGCAAAAUCGUGCUGCAGAAUUAUUGUGCUGCUCGAAACUUCAAAUCAGGCAGCAGACGUGCUUAUGCUAUUGCACUGAUUUGUAUGUGACAUAUAAUUCCCGCUGUGGUCCCAUUUGGUCUAUUGACCGCAGGGAUACCAAAUGUGCAGAUUUGUCUGCAAAACGCAGAUUUUCGAUUCGCAAAUAAUUGCAGUUCUCCAUAGUUUCUGUAGAUUUUUGUCAGAGUCUCUUUAUACUUGCGCAGACUUCCUCAAAAUCUUUGCAGAUUUCUGCAGACUUUUGCGUACGCAAACGCAUUUUUUUCAAAUCACGGCCAGUUUUUUUUUUUCAAAUUUCAAGCAGAUUUUGUCAGUUUUUCGAGCGGUUGCAAACUUUUUAAAAAACAUUUUCCAUCACUGACUGACCGUAAUGUAGAUAAAAAAAUGCCGCUUUUCAUAGACCUGUCGCCGAGUUCCGAGAACACGUUUCUUUAAAGAGAAGAAAAUUUCUUCAUUGAAGGUAUUAUAUGAAGAAAUUUUCUUCUCUUCGAAGAAAUGGGUGCUCGGAAUUCGGGCGCUGUUUUAAUCAGCAGGUAGAAUAUCGAUACAGCUGAUAUCGAUGCUCCGCGUUCGAUAUCAACCUGGUAUCGAUACGACGAGAAAAAAAUUAUCGAUGCUCGAGUAUCGAUACUUUUGCAGAUUUUGGCCAAUGCUAAUUGGAAAUGAACGCGAGCCGCAUGCCUGUGCUGAUAUCAUGCAUGAUAAUGAGGCCAGCCUUUCCACGGGAACAGAUGGAUGUUUGAUGAAAUGACCAAUCACAUGGUAAAGGCAAUAUUUGGUACAUUUUUGCGAUAUCUGUGUAUGAAAAGCGUGUAAGUGGUUGAAUAAAUGACAUUUUCUGACAUAGGACUACGUCUCUGUUUUCUAUACUAGAUUACAUUUUGUAAAACUGAAAAUGAAACUGACAAAUUUUGCGUCAGAUUUCAAACGAUUAUAGAAAGCGAACGACUUAAUGCAUCUUAAUAAUUUAUAUGUCGGUGGAUAGAUAAAAUGUGUGACAAUUGUUUGAUAUAAUGUUUAAUAUUGUUGCUUCACUGCUUAAUGGUGAAAAAAGGUGAAAAGUUACAAGGUCAAGCUUUCCCAUACAUUUUCCUCGCUAUUGCCUUGCUUCUAGAGCACGGAUAGCAAUAACAUGGACGGAAUAAAUUUCACUGCCUACAUAUUCUGACUCAACAAAGUGAUUUGUUUCGUUUCUCUUUCUCAAGACUGCGUGGCCACGCAUUCAAUACAAAAAUCUACGCUGAACUCGAUACAAAAGACUGCGUGUAGAAAAUUCAACUCCAUUCUUGUUCGUCACACGGUAGCGAGUGGAGUAUAGCUGUUAGAGGUACGCGGCACGGUACGGUCGAGAACUGCAUACGAGUCAAUUUCCAGGCACUGCGGAACACCUCACCUUUAUUUUGCAUACGGCAGCAACAGGCACCAUCGUAGAUUGCAGGAUAUUUUACUGGCACAGCUAUUGGAAGGCACAGCGGAGAGCAAAUUUUAUUAUGCGCGGCCAAGCAAAAUAUUCAAUGCAACCGGUGCACAUAAGACGGUCCCUAUAUAAAAGAGUGGCCAAAAUUACCAAAAUGCGAAUUGAUUAUUCAGGAUGUUUUGAGCACAUGAUUUUGUAGUAUUUUAUCUAUAUUUUCAUAAUUUUUGAAUGAAAUCUUGAUACAAAAAACGGUUCAUGUCGAAAAAUGCCUUCAAAGUUACCUAUUUCAGAAACGGAGAAAAAUAGUUUUUCUGAAUAUUUUGGAAUAUAUAAAAACCUACUAAAGCUAUCAUGGUAUGUUCACAUAUGAUUGAAAGCUUAUUAAAUUAGUUUCCUAAAACAGGAUGGGUAAUUGAUUUCAACCCUACAGAGUCAGUCGCAGGCCACAUUGUAAAUAUGCAUAACUUUCCUAAUUUUGACUAUCGGAAACAUUAAAUGUAAGCACGUGUAAGCAUAGCACCUGAUAGUGUGUCUGAGAGCCCCACUUGUGCCCUUCAAGAAUAUGUGUUGAAAGUUUACGGAAAAUUUGCGUUUUGGUAGAAAAAGAUGAUAAAAAAUUUUCCAUUUUUUUGUAAUUUUUGAAUUUUUGGGUGAUUUAUCAACAAAGUUUUUCGUAUAUUAUAGAAAUUUGGUUCCAAACACAUUAAAAAAAACGUGAAAUUAUUAGAUUAAUUGGUUUAUUAGAAUAUACGUUGUUUAAAACAUAUGUUAAAAGUUUGAGUAAAAUUUGCGUUUUUGUAGAAAAAGAUAAUUUGAAAUUUUCAAUUUUUUGUGUAAUUUUUUGGAGUUUUAUGGGGGCUUAUCAACGUAUGUUACAGUAAUUAGGUUCAAAAAUAUACUGGAGAAACUUAAAAUUAGUAUGAUUAUUCAGUUGCACACACUUAAGUAAAAUAAAUAUUUUUUUCAUUUUGUAAACAGCCCCUUGUCAGUACAAAACUUUUCUUAUGUGUCAUAAUCAUCUGCAGUGGAAAGCCAACAAUUUGGCACAAAAAAUGAAUUUUGGCCGGAAAUUUCAAUUUUCCGACCAUUGUGCGGUGGUGCGAUCAUCGAUCAUCAUCGUUCUGUAGCACGCAUUUCUAGUUGAUAUUAUAUAAUCGGUUCUUUUCAGAACUAUAAAUGCUUUAAGAUAAGAGUUAUAAAUUUUUGCAAAUACUACUACAGGUCGGACUCGAUUAUCCGGAACAGCAAAAAAAAUUUCAUUCCGGAUGAUCGAGUUUUCCGGAUAAUCAAAUCACACAAAAACUACUGAAAUUUUGCGAUUAACAAACAUAAAAUAAAUACUACUUUUCUUUAUUUUACUUGUAUGAUGCAACGGCGUAACCAGAAGUUAUUUCUGAGGCGAAAAGGGGUUAAAUCUUGAGAAGCAAAAAAAAAAUUGGACAUUGAUUAUUUUCACUUAAUUCGAACAUGUCCCAAACAUGCCAGAAGUGACUUAAAUGGUAACAAAUAUACCAGAAGGGAUGGUAAAGGCAAACUUACGAAACUAAAAUUGAAAACGGACACCAAACAAAUAAAAUUCCGGAUAAUCGAGUCUAAAAUUCCGGAUAAUCAAAUUCCGGAUAAUCGAGUUUUCGGAUAAUCGAGUUCGACCUGUAGUGUGAAAUUUUCAUAUUCAUGUAUUUCUCAAUAAUCAUUUUUACAACAACGACCAGGGAAUCAAUGAUAAACGGUAGUAUUGCCUAUGAACAGAUUAUUGCCUCAAGAUAUGACCCUCAUUUAAAGAAGUUUCACUGCCAAAUUGAGUACUUUUUCGGUUCAAUUGUUCCUUUGUGCCCACUCAAACACCGUUAUCGGUCAAAUAUCAAUAACGCAAAUUACUUAAUCUAAGACCCAGAAUAAUUUUCGUAUCGGGAAAGCACAAACUUUCUUGUGGUGCUUAUGAAAAUCACUCAAUAAUAUCAAAGGUGUUUUGUGUCGUUUCUCUUUCUCAAAACUGCGUGGCCACACCUUCAAUGCAAAAAUCUACGCUCAACUCGAUACAAAAGACUGUGUGUAGAAAGCUCAACUUCAUUCUGUUCCUUAACACGAUAGCAAGUGGAGCCUUUAUACCUGUGUGAGAUACACGGUGUAUAACAGGCGUAGUGAAGUAUGUCCUACGUCACCAUUUCAUACAACCCCUAGGGCUGUACACCUUGUAGUAUUUUAAUUAAUUUUGCACUAUGUGUCGAUUUUCACAUAGCAAUAUUUGAUUGAAAUGUUACAUAUAAAACUUUUCUCAAAAUGCGAGAGAAAUCACAUAAAUUUAUUAUUGCAAAAACAUGCCUAUCAGAAGUUGAGCUGCUAAUUUUCCUUACUAAUUGUCCAGCAAAAAUAAAGAUUUUAAUGUGAACAAUUUUCAAACUCAUUCAAUCUAACUCCAAAAAAUUUCACAAAAUUUAAAGCUCAUCGAGCUUAUACUAUAAGUAUAAGGAUCUCCGCCAACUCGACUGGAACUUGCAAGAACUUUCAGAAUUCAAUGGAACUUUGUGGGUGUAUAGAGCUUGCUGCCCUGGACAACUUUACAUUUUUUUAUAUAAAUCGAUAUACAUAUCUGAAUAAAGACAAGAGAGAAAAGUUAUCAAUGAAUGAUCAGUAAGCAAUUGUCUGAACUUUUUUUUAAUACUGACAAAAUAAAUAUUAGUUCCUGCCCGGAAAAAAAAUAUUUUAAAAACAAAAAGUAAUAUUAAAAAAUGUCGGUCAUUUCAGGUUUUUUUCACAAUAUGUUUUUUUGGAUAGAUAAUUUAGUUGUCUAAAAAACUUCUCGAAAAAAAUUUUCCAUGUUUGUUGCGUUUCCGCGUUUUCUUUUCUGAGAUCAUAACCGUUCGGUAAUAAUAAGUGUUAUAGAAGAGUUGUCAAAAGAUUUUUUCAGGAAAUUGUUCAUGUUUUUAAUAAAAAAUAUUGAGAAGCUUAGAUUUAAGAUCGUACACAGAUUUCAGUUUCAAAGACAACAUAAGCAAAUUUCUCCAAAAUUUGAGCUCAAUCUUUGUUUGAUAAUUCGGUUUUCGUGCCAUUAGGGUUUUCAAAUUAAGUCUACAGCACAAAUAAUGAGCAUCAAAAGCGUAUUAAAAAUCAGGCGCCAAUCGGCAGCUCCGUAGCCGCAAAGUUACAGAUCCCGCUUUGAUAAGUGGGGGAUCGAAUCUUAAUAGAAUCAGGCCAUUUGGUUGUCAAAGGACUUUAGCAUGGGCUUUAUUCUCAGGCUCUCCACCACAUACCCUUCCAUCGAUCUGAAUUCUACAGUACCUCUGUUGACUCUCCUUCUAACAUAAAUAAGUCUCUAUUAUAAUAAAACUGGUGUGAGUAACGUAUGAAAGUUCUCUCCAGGGAAUUGAAAUUAGGCGAUAUUGUUAGGAUUGACAGAGGAUCGGUAUAGUAGAGCAGUAGGCUUGAAACGGAACGGUAAACCUUACACACAAGCACGGAUAUGAAUGAUAAGCGUAUCACUUACUUCGAUAGUGUACUGUCAAUAAUAUGAAGUGCGGGGUACAGAAACACCUGGGCAAUAUCACAAUCGAUCUAAUCUCUAAUCGCAGUGAUGAGUCAACAUAGGAAAAAACAAUUGCUAAUUUUUGCACAACACGAAGAUGUUUUAGAGAAUUGGUUGCACACAAUUUAACAGGAUAGCACUGUCGAUGUGAGUUCGGUUAUGACGCCGUGAUGAUGACCGCGAAUUGAAAAUAUAAUGUCAUGAAAGCCGUACACAACCGUACGGGUAUGCAAGAAGACCAGUAGCUUCGAUUUGAAUGAAAUUGUGUUCACGUGUUUGGCUUAGAAAACUGAAUAUAUAAUACGGGUGGAGGAAUUUGUAGACUCUGGAAUAGUUUUCUGAACAAAUGAGUGCAUUCUUGUUGGCACUUGAUUUCAGGCAUUGAAAAUCAUAAACUCUCGAAUAAACAAAAAAAAUUAGAAGAAAUAAUUGUGCUAAUGAAGGUCUGUGAAAAAAUACACACUGAGAAAAAAAUGCUUUAGAUAAAAAAGAAUCUAAAUAAAAAACAAAUUUUGAAUAACAGAAUGAAAGAGGUAAACUGUUCCUCUAAUCUAUUUCUGAAAAACCUUGGUGUUAUUACAAAAGUUUUGCUAAACAGUUUUGUUCAGUUAUCUUUCUAAACUCUAUGAUUUCUAUGAGGUUUACCUUGAGAAUUAUAUCACAUUAUUGAAAUACUCUUGGAAAAAUGAAAAAAAAUUGGAGAAAUUUAAAAAGAAUCUCAGACCUAACCUGGGUAUUUUCAUCAAAACUUAUUUCACAACUUCAAUUUGAAAAACGAAAAAUUGAGAAAUUUUUCAGUAUGCUCUCUGAGCGAUUGGAAAUUUGUCGUUGGUUUUAAACUUUCUUUGUUUAACAAAGAUAACGUAUAUAUUUCUUGCAUUUAUUUUUCUUACAGAGCAGAGCUUUAAUAAACAAUCGAAAGUGUUUUUGCCACAUUACAUCAAGUAAAAUGUAUGCUAAAAUAACUACAUACUUUCAAAAAUAUAUUAAGGAGCUCAAAUAGUUUCUCCACCCCUGGAAAAAACCCAGUUUGUGAAAUCAAAUACGUAUGUGUAAAAAAUGUUAAUUAUUUCUAUAUAGAUGAAUGAAUUCCAUAAAAAUUUUGCGACUCCAAAUUUUUUUUUUGGACUAUCACAUGCUAUUUUUUAGGAACACUUUUUUGUUUGCACUGUUGUCAUGAGCUUUACUUUCUCCAGUGAAGGAAGGCGUGACCUCGGAGAUUUUUCUGAUUCAAAAUCACCAGCCGUCUUCACUUCAGCGCAAACCAAUUGCUUUGCAGACUGGCAAUCAAUUCCCCGCGAACAUCUUAUCAAUUUCAGCGCUUGUCGGUAAUUGCUCUCUGCCUGUGGCAACAAACAAUUAGACACAUUUCAUUGAAUGCUGCCUGCAAUGAGCCGAUACUCGGUAAUCAGUGUACGUAUUGAUGGCGCGGAACGCAUUUGAAAAAUCACUCCACAAGAAAGCGCUCGACAGGAUUGCACAGCCAGAUGUCGACAGGGAAGGAUUCGACCCAUUUAUCACCGCACCAUCAUCGAUCGGUUUCGCGGUUCUGCGAGUGGCUCGACUAAUGGUUCGGUUACCGUGGAGAAUAAAUCGAUUCUAUCUUGUUCUUCAUCCCGGGCUCGAGGUUUGCUUAGACCCACGCUCUGCUCUGAUUAUAACUGAAGUGGAGUUAGUUCUUUUGCCGGGAAAAAGUUAGGUAAACACCAGGUAGACUCUCAUAUUACGCUUGCCGGCGAGGGUAAAAAGUUGAUUUAAACACUUAACCAGGGCGAGCAAACACAAGCUUUAAAGUACUCUUCAAAAUCAUUAGCAAGAGAUCACAAUCUCUUUUAAUUAAAAGAAUUAGUUUCUAGCAACUUGAAGUUCAUUCUUCAGCUCCGUCGUAACAGUUUUCCACCGAGCAACCAACUGACUCACCUCGCCCACGUUGCCAGUAGAAAGUUUUCGAGUCAACUGGGGGGAAAGAAAAGUUUUCUGUAAAUAAAUUAUUAAUGCGGGUCCAGUUGUGGCAAAGUGAGUAUCUAUAUUACUUUCUGGUUCUUCGAUAAACCCUGAAACUAGCCGCAGGAUGUGUGUGUCGUGCCUUUCACUCGCUGCUAAUGAAACAAAGAAGCUCAAUCUCGUGAUGAACCUCAGUCGGUUACAAAUUAAAUUGUGAGUAGGUAAUCAAUAUCGACUGGCAACAACUACGAUCAGCCGAGUAUCGUGUAUAAGCAACGUUAGUAGCGAGCGUGAAGGUACAUAUUAAAUACGAGCCAUGACCAAGGGUAAAACGAGUAGGGCAAAGCGUCGUUGCAGAGUUAUUCACUUGUGCGAUGUAUUAUAUUAGAGCACAGAUCGUUAGAUAAAUCACAGAAUCAAAAUACGUUUCUUUAUUGAACGAACGAACAAACGUUGGUGAAGUUGGAAAAUCAAAUAAACAAAUCAAAAGUGUGAUAAAAAGAAGCGAAGAAAAAUUUAGAAAAAAAAUCCUAUAGGAGGCUUCUAAGUCAUGUAAAAAGAACAAUAUUCUUAUUAUUAAAAAUGUAUAAAGUAAAAUUCGAAUAGAAAAAUUUAAAUCUAAGAGGAUAGUAAAUCACUAGCAAAUAAGAUAGUUUUUUUUUUCAGACAAACAUACACAGUAAAGUUGUGCGGCGAAUAAAUCAAAUUCACUGAAUCUACUAGGGAUCCAUUACCCCUGUUCAGUGCUGUUGCUAUUCGUACGGUAUUAGGUCACGUUUUCACAUCCGUUAACCGGUGCGCUAAUGAUUCCUCUAAUGGAGACCGGAUGCUAUCCCACUCCAGGCGUAAUCCGCCGACAAAUGAUGAUCCUCUUUCGAUGAACUCUCUCCGCCUCUGAUGCAGACAAGUCAGAAACAAUAUUAUCUAUCAGCUGUACGCUUGGCUAUGCAAAUUUGCCCGGUAUGAUUUAUGAUGAAAAGUUAAGGCUGUUUUCGGGGGAGAUUUAAAUAUGUACAACAUCUGACUCUCACACAAACAAGCUGAAUCUUUAAGACCAGGAAGAGAUGCAAGUUGAUUCGUCCGUUGCGAAAUGGAAAACAUCUACCUACGAAGCGCUCCAGGGUGGUUUCAGGUAGGUCGGAGCUUCAGCAUUGGUUUUCAAUAAUCUAUAUGAAAAAACACAAUUCGGAAUUUUGUCGUGAUUCACCUAGCCUAAUGUAAUUGUGGUACAUCUUUUGAGGUUAAGAAUAUUACUUUGUGUUUGCUUUUCUCCUAGUAAUCUAUAACAAAAUAUCAAAUGUAAUAUACGACUCGACUUAGUUUUACAAAUUGAGUAACUGAGUAGUUCUUAAGUUAGUCGCCACUCAAAUGCAGUUAUAUGGAUUUUGACAGCUAAAAAGCAAAGCCUUGGUGCUACAUUCCGAUUCGGAAUAUGACCUUCUGUUUAUUUAUACACAGACUUCGCAGCCGACUGUUCAGUGUACAGGACAAUUGCGGGGCUAGCGCUACGAUCCUACUGACACUAAACAGUCUCUCCCGAGCCGAGACUCGAACCUACGACAACUGGCUUGUUAGGCCAGCAUCGUACCUCGAGACCAUCUGGGAGAUAUGAUUUUGGCAGCUGAAAUAUUCGAAAAGGAAACAAAUGAUUUUCAAUUGAAAGCGAAGGUCAACAGCGUCACUAUCGCAUGAUGUUUUAAAACUUAAUAUGCCUUUGGGCACUAAAGGAGACAUGGUCUUUUAGGUUCCAACUGCGGCUGGCAGUGGAUCAGUUGUUCGGAGUAUACUCGACGUCGACACUAAAAAACACUGCUUACGCGUUUGAAAAGUAUCCCCAAAUGACAAGAAUAAAAGAAAUGAGUCAUAAUUUGCGUCAUGCAUUCCGUCAACUUAAAAUAAAUCCAUGAACACAUGAAUUUUGCCACAUUUUUAUUACUGGUCGAUUCCACAAGAGUAGAGUUUUAAUGAGAUGACAAUAGGAAUAAAUUCACUACGACGUUAUGAAACUCAAGUUUCUCUUCAAUGUUUCACUUGCCCACCGGUUUAAGUGAUAAAUGAAAGUUUAAAUUUCAACAGAUAGUAAUUCAUGUUUGUAUUGUAUUUAAUAUGAAUGGAAAUCACAGACAAACAGACGUGCCACUCGAUGACGAUUUCAUCGACCAGAGAAAAAACGAUCAUUUUUGAAAUUUUGCUUAGUGGCAAUAAUACCGCUAGUGUCGCUAUAAGCAAGCGGGCACAUUUAUUAUCAAAGACGAAAACCGUUUUACGAUAAACCGUGCCACUGUGCUGAGUCGAGAAAAUUUCCAACUCGAAAAGAUCCUCGACCUGAUCGGGAAUCGAACCCGACAUCACAACCGUGUGGGAGAGCUAGCCGACCAACAUCGCUAACCACAGAACCACGGGGACCACAUCCGAAAAUAUCAAACUCAAAGUUGAUAAUUUUUGCUUUCCAAAAACUCAAUACACUCUAAAAACAAUUUGUUUUUUCUAAAUAAAAGUGAAUAAUUGAAAAUAAGUUCUAUUUCAGAUAAUCUAUGGUCAUUUCAAACUAUUUUGCAAACACCGAGAGUCACCAUCUGGAACUUAAAGUCGAUGUCCAGCAUUGAUUUCAGGAUCCAGGAGGUAUUCGACCAUUCCAGACUGUUCUAGACACCGAAAAACACCGUCAUGAAUUUAAAAACAACGUCUGGAAAUUAUUUUCAGACACUGGGCAUCAUUCUGGUUCCAGAAAUACCCAUAUUAGGUGGUAUUUGGUCAUUUUAAGCUAUUUUCCAUACAACAAAAACCACCAUCUUGAACUUAGAGAUGGCACCUGAUUGAUAGAUUUACAGGUUUUGAGCCUCAUUUCGAGAUAUUGGGUGGUUUUAUAAUUUCAGCUCAUUUCCAAGAGCCGAAAAUAUGGUGUCGAUUUCCAACCUCUGAUCAUCACCUGAUUUCAGAAAUAUUUGUAUUGGGUAGAAUUCGGCUAUUUUAAGCUGUUUCAGAAAACCGGAAGUCACCAAAUUAAAAUUUAAAACAGCAUCUGAAGCCGUUUUUUGACCUAUGUUCGUCAUUUUGUUUACAAGACUGAGCCACAUUAGGUGUAGUUAGUCGUUUCAAGCUGUUUUCAAGACGCCAGAAGUCAUCAUCUUGAGCUUGAAAUCGGCGUCCAGAGUAGAUUUCCGGACACUGGGCAUCAUCUUGCCAUUUGCCAUCAUUUUAAGCCUACUUUCGGAAACCGGAGAUCAUCGUCUUGAACAUCGAAAAACCGUGCGAUGGUUUCCGUUUUUUUUUUGCAUCAUUCAGGUUCCGGAAAUAUCCAUUUUUGACAACGCUCUAAAAUCCGAUAGGUCGAAAUUUGCACUCAAAACAAGACUCUACAUUUUUCAAUAGUACAAUAAUUACCAUAACAUCACAGUUGUCGCAUACCUACCUAAUUAAUCUUUUAAUAGAUUACUGUAAGAAUGAAGGAAGUCUAUUAAAAACUAACUGAGUGAUAAGUAUUUGAAAUUAGACAUUUUUUGUGACGCUCUUGAUUUUUAGAUUUUCAUUUGAAACCUUCUCUCAUUAUGUUGCUGAAGGAUGUAGUUCUGCGUCAAAAAUAUAUAAAAAAAUAAACAACAAUGAGAUAAAUGUAUGCGAAUGCGCUUUCGAAGGUCAUUAAAAAAAAUAACUAUUCACCUUUUACUAACAUUUAUAACUAUUGGUUAUAGCUAAUUAUAUUAGAAACUCUAAUAAUAAACGUCCCGCAAAGAAGCAUCGUGAGACCAUACUAAAUAUUACUCUAUUGUCAGAACAUGCGACACGUAACAUGGAACAAAAAUCAAAACUGUAUAAUUUUGUCAAUUUGUCAAAAUGCCAUUACCAUAAAAGCUACUAACUGCAUUAAGCUUUAAAGGAUUCACUGAAUCUCCAAAGUGUCUAAAACGCCAACUUCUCAAUUCAAGACCAGAACCAUUAAUUUUUCUAUGAAAGAUGCGGCAAUCAAUUUUUUCAACAUAAUUUCAACCACGUUCUUGCAGCUUUGAAAACAAUGCGCACCGGGAAUCACCAACCUGAAAUUAAAAAUGGCGUCCGGAGUAGGUUUUGAGCAUCAUUUCGAUUUGGAAUGUAAUUUCAAUUCCUGACUUCUGAGUAUCACCUGUUUCCUGGAAAACGGCAGUCACCCUCUAUAAAUUUAAAACGACAUUUGAGGUCCAUUUUUGACUUCUGCGCAUCAUACCGUUAAUAGAAAUACCCAUAUUAGGUGUAUUGGGUCAUUUUAGUCUGCUUCUAGACACCGGAAGACACAAUUUUGAACACAAAUCCAGAGUUGAUUUCCAGACUCUAGGUAUUUCAAUGAUUCCGAAAAUUACCAUAUUGGGUGGUAUUCGGUCAUUUUAGGUUAAUUUCCAAACACCAUCUUCAAUAUCGAGCUAACUUUUUGGGUUUUGGGCGGUUUGUUAAGCAUUUGAAAUCGAACAAUUUCCGUGACGCCCUCAAUGUAUAGAUUUUCAUGCCCUGUCAAGACUCAUUGUUAUGAAAUAAUGGUUCACCUUUACUAAUAUUCUAAAGUAUUGGUUAUACCCGCGGCUUUAUUAGUAAAAGUCUCACAAGGGAGCAUGGAGAGACCAUACUAAAUAUUACUCUUAUUUGAGUUUAUUUUGAAACAAUACAACGCCGCAUAGCGCGUUUAAUGCAUGGAAAUGGGUGACUGAAUAAUUUUGUCAAUUAAGUUCAUUGAAAGUUGGUCAUUAUUACCAAAGCUACUAAUUGCAUUAAGGGCUUGGAAGAUGAACUAAAUCGCAAAAGUGUCUAAAACGCCAACUUCUUGUUUUAUACCAGAAACUGUUCAUUUUUUCAUGAAAAUUGCUCAAGAUAAUGGAACCUGUGCUUUCUCUAUAUUACUCACUUUUAUAUAAUUCCAAAAGUGAACUUAAUGCAAUCAUAACAAAAAAUGGAACCUUGGCUACCUAAAUUUAUUUAAUAAUCAUAAACAGGGGUGCCUCUGAUUACUUCAUCUAUUUUCUGAAUUCGUUUCGAAUUCGAGCGUACGAAGUGCAUGACUUUUUGCAUAACCUCUACUGAUUGUGUCGAAGUAUGUCUAGACUUUCACCAUUCAUGCAUUUCUUGCUAAUCUUUGACGAUUUCUCGUAUUAAAAUAAGAAUUGCGAAUAAAAUGAUUUUUUGGUGAUUUUUACGGCAUAUAAAUAUUCGGUUUAAACAAAUAAAAAACAACAAACGAAUUAAGAACAAAAAGUUCUCAACAUGAAAAAAAUUCAUAGUAACCUUUUUAUUGCUUUUAUAAUUUUCUUUAUGCCCAAAAAGCAAUUUUUAACCUUAAGAAAAUUAAAAGAUACAACGUACUUUUUUAACUACAACUCACUACAACACUUUUACUUCCGUGGUCAAUCGUCUGUGUAUUUUCUAAAAAAAAAUUAUUUACCGCAGACGUAGACCAAAAUAGGGGAAGUGCUCCAUUAUUCAUCUCAUUAAGCUUAUAUUCACGAAAAAUGCACAGAUUAAACACCAAAUUUCCACGAAAUCAUUGAACAAAUGAACAAAAUACGCUAACGUGCUCUUAUAGAAUCGUUCAGAAUUGUAUAUUUAGUAAACUUAGCUAGAUUUAUCCUGAAUUUUGUAAAACAAAGCAUUUUUCACAACGCUUCCAUAUCCAUCUCAAAACUUGAAUCACUGCUCAAUUAUUCAUCUCACGACGUCCCCAUAUUCAUCACACUGUUCAUCAUGAAUGAAUCACAUUAUCAUGAAUGAACGUAGCCGCAGCCCGUCGUAGUAGGUUACCUAGAUAUCCGCUGUAGUUGUUUACGUGCAAAAUUGGUAACCUAGGUAACCACUGCAGUGCUGUCGAUAUAUGUCAAUUAUGUCGGAAUAAUUUAACAUUUUCAGUAUGAUUUUUUCGUAUUAACAGAAACUGAUUUGGCAACUUUUGGUUUUCUUCAACGCAGUUAAAACAGAUGAAAAUACAUACAGUUGAAAUUUGGGAAUUGUAGAAAUUCAUCUCAUAUAUUUCUGCUACUUCAGGUUUUUUUUUGGAAAUUUGAGGUGAACAUAUAGAAAAUUCGGAGUAUUUUUAGUGAAGUGAGUGAUUUUAUUUAGUGAUUGAAAUAAGAAGUGGUCCACUAGUGAUGAAAAAACUUUGGUUGGCUGCUGAACGAGUCUCGUCGUAGCCGUGUAGAACAAUGCGCGGAUUUUGUUUUCUGAGGUGGGUGAUUGAAUUAAAUGAGUUUUCGAGUGCAAAUGCCCGACUAUAGUGAGUUUUUGAGGAUUCUACUUCAUGAGAAAUCUAAUGUGAACUAAGAAAAAUCCAUUCCAUGGAUUAGCAGAUUGGUUUAGUAAGAAAAUAUGCGUUUUUUCCCUGUUCUCAUUUGUGUUUCAUGUUGUAUGAGAUGAAUAUAUGGGCUGAGAUGAAUAAUGGCGCAAUUCCCCUAUUAUAUUCACGUGGGAUAUGGAUGGCCUCUUAAAUGCUUUUUGUCUCUAUGAACUCUUUCGAGUCAUUUUUAACCAUUUUAUUAGGUCGAAAAUAUAAAGUUCUACUCAAAAAUCAUCAAAAUAAUAUAGUUAUCAAAGUCAACCCGAAAUAAAAUUAAAUGUGAAAAUUUCAGAAACGGCUAAACUGUUGCUAAAUUUUCGAGGUAUUAAGCAAAUCUUGCAGAAUUCAUAUCAGUAGGCACUCAUUUAAAAAACAUCAGAAUUUAUUUCAACAAUUAUAUUCUUGACAUGUCACAAAAAAUUAUUUUAAUUCACACCUAUUUACAGUACCUCUUACUAGUUCUUUUGUUAUCAUCACAGUUGACCUUCUUUACAAAAAUGUGUCGGUUUUAAAUCAAUACAAAAAAAUUCAAAAAUGUCAAAACUUCGCACAAAUUAGCAUUUGCACUUUAAAUGCCAGAUAUUAAAAAAAAUUCCUACGACUAGAUUGAAAAAUUUGAUUUUUCAACGAUGUUUUGCAAUACCAAUCAUUCUAUGUUGUAUAGAAAUUGAUUAUACAAAACAUUAUCAAUGCAAUCCAUUUCAAGUUUAUAUUAUAUGUCACUCAUUUUUGAUGUAACAGAGAGAAAACUUCAAGCACCAUUUUAAUCAUUCUAAACAACUGUUUUUCACGUAGACGAAUUUCUACGUUCAAAACAUAUUCAAAAAGUGAGAUGUUUGAAUGCGGAUGUGCUGUCUAGGGAAAUUUUUAUAGAAUAGUUUUUUCUCCUUUUACUGUUAUUUUUUAAGUAUUGGCUAUGGCUAAUUAUACUACUAGCUAUAAAAACUAAAAUCCCACAAGGAAGCAUUGUGGGACCGUAUUAAAUAGUGGUAUAUUUUAUGACUAUUUAUUCAAUAAUACCACGGCCUGAUAAUUAAUUUCAAAAUUAGACUCAUUUCAAGCUUACGUUACUUUGAAAUCGAAACCUUUUUUUUUUAAGGAUUGACACUGCCUCGACAUUGUGGAGGUCCACUGUGAAAGUUAUUUUUAUGGUUCCUGAAAAAAAUAAUGUUUCAUUUUUUUUUGUUUUUGUAUUAUUCUUUUUCUGACGACAAUUAAACUAACACAGAACUACGCUGCCGUUCAACGUAUCGUUAGUUAGUGCCCAGAGGCUUAAUAUAUUCAUAUUCACGCCGUUCAUAUUGAGUAACCAACAGUGUUAUUUUAAUUCAAACCAAAACAGUACUUUUUUUUAUUUUCACAAAGAAUAAGGAAGCAUGUUUAAACCCACCACAACACCGCGUGUGUGCUAUGCCACUGCGGGUUUUUUCAUUACCCUUCAGUACUAUUACAAAGCAAAAACCGACAGUAUUUUAAAUAAAAUCAUCAUCAUCAAGUUAUCCAGUAUUAUACCAUUGUCAUUAUAUUUUGAUCUCAUCAUGGCGUCUAAUACUUGUGUAUUCCCCGAAAAUGCAAGCCCGCGGUUGUCUCAUGUACUAAAGUCAAAAAUCCUCGGCGGAAGGUAAGGCCUUGGUCAUAGUGGACACGAACAGCGGCGCGAACCAAUUCACCCUGCCGUAGGUUAAUGUGCAGCUCUACUUACGGUAGGUUAAUGUACAGUUCUACUUACGGCUGUACAUUACCCUAGGGCAGGGUGAAUUGGUUCGCGUACACUAUGGCCAGGGCCUAAUACAAAUUGCUCUGCGUGGUGUGUUUUCUUCAUAUUUUUAUAAGAGAUACUAUCAACACUAUGUCAUGACUAAGCUGCGCCUGACAGUGCAUCAAUAAAACUGAGUUGACAUGUAAACAAAAAAAAAAUAAAACUGAGAUUGUGAAGGAGCAAAAGUAAUCUGACACAAGUGAUGGCCCAUUAUUAAUUAGAACGUGAAUUUCUCAACUAUUUGAUAGACUAUUUUGAACACAUUUUGAAUUUUUAUCGUCUAGCUGCCUUCGUUUCAAAAUACAAAUCAAACAUUAGAUAUAAUAAAUCACUGCCUACCUUUAGAUGAUCAGUAUUUUUCCACAUUUUUUACCGUGAGAUUAGACUGCUUGACAUUCAAGACGAGGAAAUUUAUUCUGGUGUACUUUCUACUGGCUGAUUUUUAUCAGAAUGAUUGCUAGCUUCCGCCUCCGCGCACUCCUCAGACAGCCAGUCCGCAUUGAUCCGCCGUGCAGCCGCUGCCAAAGCGUGAAAACGAAAUGAGCAAAGUAUUGCAAUAAAUGUAAAUCACGAAACCCAAUAAAUUAAAUUAGGUGAAAGCUAGGUAAGGAUGCUUGCUCGUCUUUGCUGCAAGGUGUUUCCUCGAGAAAAGAGAGAAUGGAUUCUCCAGUGAAAAAUUCUCACCUUCCAAUGGAAAACUCGAACAAGCGUCGCUUAAAUACCAGAUUAAUAGCAACAGUACGGAACAGGACAAAGAAAGACGAAACCCCAAAAGGGUCAUUUUUAUGUGUACGACCGAGUCAAAUGUUUAGGGUUUGGAAAAGCGUAAAGCAGGAUAUCUGUGGUCUCAACUGGGCGGCUGCAUCAUUAAAAUAAAUUUCCAUUAUGAUGAUUGCAAUCGUUUCCUUCGUGAUGCUUAUCAUUAGUUUGAAUUGAUGGUGUAUUUCAGCAUCCACAGUUCCAGUUGUGGUGACUAUUCAUUGCAUGAAAGCUGGGAUAAUAGGCAUACAAUCCAGCAUAGACUCGCAAUCAACACAAGCAGGCAGAUCAAAUCCUAAGUAAUGUAGCAAAACGUUUCAAUUGAAUUACACUUCUCCCAAAAGGUCAAACAGGAUUAUCCGGGUAAUCACUAAGACAUAAACACAAUGUUAUAGUUGAGUAAAGAAUGAAAAAAAAAAACACCCUGAGAGCUGAAUGCUGAACUUUAUUUGCAAUAACUUAAAAGUUGUAUAUUAGGGAAGCACCGACUUUGAGUGCGAACGGGAUCCAGGGGAUUCCCGUCACGCGGUUCGAGAGAUGCUAGCCCGAAAAAAUGAAGAUUUAAGAUAGCGGCGGAUUUCGAUAAAACCGAAACGAAAAAGAAAUAAAUUCUAUUUAAAUAGUUA